UUUAGCAUAAAGAAUUUUAUAAACAUUAAAAUGAAUAGUUUCCUGUAAAAGUCAAAUUGCUUUUGUUCUGAUAGAUAUGUUGGAAGAAGCCAGGUUUUCUGGUAUUGACUCAUUGAUCGAACACCUGAAAGUGGCAAUAAUACUGAAAUACGUGAAUUUAAAGUACUGACUUUUGUCCCUAAGUAGCCAGGGGACUCAAAGCAUGCAAGUGGCUGUCUCUGUGUUCCAGUGUCCUUGUCUGAAAAUUGUAGGUGAUACCUACAUCUUCUGCAGGCUUAGGGGAUACAACGAUUAGACUUUUCACUAAAGAGGUCUUUGUUUUUUACUCAACCCAGUCUGGGUAUAUUUUGAUUGCACAUUGAUGUUCCUUAGAAUGAAGAUGGUUCCAAAACUUCUAGCUGGACUUAUUCUGCUGACUUUAUGUGUGGUGGGCUGCUCCAGCCAACACUGGUCCUAUGGACUGCGUCCUGGAGGAAAGAGAAACGCUGACAAUUUGAUUGAUUCUUUCCAAGAGAUAGCCAAAGAGGUUGAUCAACCAGCAGAACCUCAACGCUUUGAAUGCACCAUUCACCAGCUGCGUUCUCCGCUCAGGGACCUGAAAGGAGCUCUGGUGAGUUCCAGUGACAGUAACACACAUACGUAUGUUCAGAGAUGGAAAUGUCCUUGGUACCGCUUAGGACAACCUCCUCCCAUUCACUGCGGAGCCUACCCUCCUGACUCCUGUGAUAGGGCCCUCACUGAGUACUCCGCCAAAGCUUGUCUUUGGACAAUUUCUCUGGAGCCAGCUGUGGGCCUCCCUGGAUAUGACACAAAAAAGAUGCUCAUCCAGCUGCCUGAUGCUGAUGUAAGAGGCAUCCAGUGGUUUGCAGCUUAA